CUUUCUCCUUCUAUUACAUCUGUCUUUCCGUGAUCGUUUAAACCCUAAGAAAAUCUCCAGCUCACUGCAAUGGAGGUCUGUAAAUGAUGCAAGAUCCCUCCCUCUCUCCCUCUCUCUCUCUGAUUCAUUUGGGGCCGAAUCAAUUGCGUUAUUGGUCUUGAAAAGUCAUGUAUGGUAUUGGUUUAGGGUUUGGGAAAGCAGUUAUGUCAUGUGGGACACUUGCAUACAACAUUGUCCCGUCAUGGUGCCAUGGAAACAUUGAAGAGAAGAAUAACGGAAUUGGAGAAAAUAAAGAGGUGAAAGAAGAAGUCUAAAAAAAAGACGACAUUUUUGUCCAGGUUCCAGAAUCCUUGUCAUUUCUUGACACUGCAACUAUGCCCAUGAUUCUCACUGUUGUUGGAACUGCACUCUUUGCAAAGCUACUCAUGAUGUAUGAUGAUUCACACUCGCAAGAAAUGAUAGAGCGCAAAAUUAAGAAUGCCCCAGUUGGUCAAGGCACAGUUAGGAUGCUUACUCGCGAGGAAUGGGAGGAGUUUAGAGAAGUGGGGCCUAGGACUCCUUUUGAAUCCAAGCUUGCUCGUCCUAAUGAACGCAUAAGAACUGAAGAACCCGAUCGCACGCAAUGCAGCUUUUACAAGAGGAUGUCAACAAGUUGGGUUUGGCAACAUUUCUCCUUUACUAAGUUUAGAUAAGUCCGACAACAUCUCAGAUUCAAGGUGUUUGGAUUUGAUAUUCAUACCUGUUUCAAGUUUAGUUAGGUUUAGUAAUAUACCUGAUCUAAGGUGUUUGGAGUUAACAAAUAUGCUUAAUUCAAGUUUAUUUGGAUCUCGCAACAUGCCAGACUUAUAUUACUUUGAUACGAUAAACAUGUUUCUUUAAUAA